UCCUAACGUCUCUUAGCCUCAAUUUUCUCUUCUAGUAAUAGGGCAAUAAAGUUGAUGUGAGGAUCAAAAUAAUGCAUCAUAAGGUGCCCAGCACAGUUAUUUUUAAAACUGUACAGUAGUGUUAUACAUAAAGGACUAGUUCUCAAGUGUGCACUUAAAAAUCAAUUGUGACACCAAUAACCUAAAGCCUCACAGUGCUACUGUUUCUGCUUCUCGGUAGGAUAACAUUGCUAAAAUUGUACAAUUAUUCUUACUCUCAUGAUCUCUGACCAGAAAUCCCAAAUCAACGUCUCAGGAAAAAAUAAGGAAAUCUUGACCCACCAAAGGUUUCUAAAAGUCAGAUGAUAGUAAUCAGCUGAAAUGUAUUUCUCUUUCCUUCUAUGCAGGAAAUUGAUGUGACACAUGUUGAGAGAAUAUUUCUGCAUAAUCCAUUUUUAGGCCCGCCUUGCCUUUAUUGCUCCAGAAACUCAAAUGGCCAGUGGGGAUACUGCAGCUAUACCAAUGGAUGUGAGAUGGUAUGAAGGGAAAUUUUAAUCCCAUCAUUCUUAGAAGCAAAUGCGUUUCACCUCACCGAGAGCAGCCGGCCUGAAGCCCCCCUUCUCUCACCCAUCCCUCCGGAGCCCCUCCUCACCACCCACUCUCUCAAAGGUGGGCGGAUGCGGCCUCGCCUCCUUGAAGGGACCAGUCACCGUGGCGACAAGCGGGGCAGAGCCCACUGGGACGUGCUCCUCGUGAGCCAGAACUGGCACCCCGAGAGGAGACGAUCUGUGUUGCAGUGCCGUGGGACCCCGAGCCCCGUUUCUGUCAAGGGUCAGAGACGGACGGCCCAGCAUCUCAGCGUGACAAGAGUAAGCUGGCGGAAGGUGACCAAUGCACCCAUCACCCGACGGAAGUCCCGGCGCAUGCGUGCUCCCGGGCAGCCCGGCGGAGCGGGCCCUCGGCGGAGCGGGCCCUCGGCGCAUGCGUAUUUCCUAGCGACUCGGGCAGCGGGCCUGGGGCAGCGGGCCUGGGGCAGCGGGCCUGGGGCAGCGGGCGGGGCGGGGCGGGGCGCAGGCUUGUUCUCCCGCGGCGGUGCCGGGCCCUCCCGGGGCAGUGGGUGGAGCCCGGCGCAGGCGCGCUCCGAGGCGGGGCGGCGCUGGGGUCAUGGCUGCGGAGCCAAACAGCCGGCUUUUGCGGCGUCUGCCCAUCCUCCUGUCGGCUCUGAAGCCCGGGAACCCGGUCCCCCGUGCCGGGCCUGUAGCCGCAUUCAGAUGCUGAAGUUUAAGAAGGUGUCCCUGCUGGGCUGGAGUGAUGGCGGCAUUACAUCUCUUAUUGCAGCUGCAAAAUAUCCAUCGUUCAUCAGCAAGAUGGUGAUCUGGGGAGCCAAUGCCUACGUGACUAAUGAAGAUGAGAAGAUUUAUCAGGGUAUCCGAGAUGUUUCUAAAUGGAGUGAGAAAAUAAGAAAACCUCUUGAAACCUUAUAUGGCUAUGACUACUUUGCCAAAACCUGUGAGAAGUGGGUGGAUGGCAUAAAACAAUUUAAACAUCUUCCAGACGGGAAUAUCUGUGGGCACUUGCUGCCGCUUGUUCAGUGCCCCACCUUAAUCGUGCACGGAGAGAAGGAUCCGCUGGUCCCACGGUCCCACGCCGACUUCAUACACAAACACGUGAGAGGGUCGCAGUUGCAUCUGAUACGAGAAGGCAAGCACAACCUACAUCUACAUUUUGCAGAUGAAUUCAAUAAGUUAGUAGAAGACUUCUUACAGGGAAAAGGCCCCUGAGAACAGCAGGGACCCGGGGAUUCCUUACUGUGGAGCUUGAGCCUGUUGCUGCCUUUGAAACACACUGCAGUCCCUCCUUAGCUCACCUGCCUUCCCAUGCUUUCUACUCCUCCCUGCAAACUGCUCCUGGUCAAAUAGAAAUAAUGACAUAUUAAAACGUCUUCCAGCUCUACUCUAAGUGCUACAAAAAUUAAAGCUGAUUUUUUUAACGUUAAAGUUGUGAAU